AUGGAGAGUCAGGGUGAAAACGACGAGCUCUACCCUAUCGCCGUUCUUAUUGACGAGUUGAAGCACGAUGAUGUCCUCAUUCGUCUCAAUGCUAUUCACCGCGUUUCUACCAUUGCAUUGGCUCUAGGGGCUGAGAGGACCCGGGAGGAACUCAUUCCAUUUCUUGACGACUCUGUCGAGGACGAAGAUGAAGUUUUGACUGCGCUGAGUGAAGAACUGGGCAACUUCGUAGAAUAUGUUGGUGGUCCGGAAUAUGGGCAUGUUCUCCUUUCCCCCCUUGAGAACCUGGCCGCUAUCGAGGAACCUUUGGUUAGGGAGAAGGCUGUUGAAUCCCUCAACAAGAUCGGCGAGCAGCUUUCCGAGAAGCAGAUCGAAGAACAUUUCAUCCCUAUGGUCCUACGUCUGUCAAAAGCCGACUGGUUCACCUCGAAAGUCUCUGCAACGGGUCUUUAUUGCAUUCCAUACAAGAAGUCUGGCCAAGCGUUGCAGCAGAGUCUCCGGCAAUAUUUCGGAGGUCUGGUACAUGACGACACGCCUAUGGUGAGAAGACAGGCUGCCAACAACUUGGCGAAGUUUGUCAAGGAAAUGAAGACCCCAGUUGUCAUCGAAGAAAUGAUACCCCUAUUUCAAUAUCUGGCCAGUGAUGACCAGGACAGCGUUCGCUUGCUUACAGUUGAUAUUCUUAUCUCGAUCGCCGAGGAGAUCCCCAAGGAGCAGCAGCCUAGCCACGGUGUUUUGCUGACAUCCCUACGGAACCUCUUUGAGGAUAAGAGUUGGAGAAUCGCUAAAGCUGUUCACGAAGAAGUUAUCACUCGGGAUAUGGUACCCUCGUUUGUUAAGCUCUUGAAGGAUACAGAGGCUGAAGUCCGUACUGCGAUUGCUGGCCAGAUUCCAGGCUUCUGCAGCUUGAUCGACCGGGAGACACUGCUUAAUGAAAUAAUGACCAGCGUGGAAGACCUUGUUUCGGACCCAUCUCAGCACGUGCGUGCGGCUUUGGGUACUCAGAUUAGCGGACUUGCCCCGAUCCUUGGAAAGGAAGAGACCAUCGCUCACCUUCUCCCUAUGUUCCUCCAAAUGCUCAAGGAUGAGUUCCCUGAUGUCCGUUUGCACAUCAUUUCGAAGUUGGAGUUGGUCAACAAUGUUAUUGGCAUUGAGCUGCUCUCUCAGUCGCUUCUUCCCGCUAUUGUACAACUAGCGGAAGACAAGCAAUGGCGUGUCCGUCUUGCUAUCAUCGAAUAUAUCCCUCUUCUCGCCAGCCAACUGGGGGUUAAGUUCUUCGACGAGCAACUCAGCGAUCUUUGUAUGAGCUGGCUUGGUGACACCGUCUUCUCUAUCAGAGAGGCUGCCACGCAGAACUUGAGAAAGCUCACGGAGGUAUUUGGGGUUGACUGGGCUAAGGGUUCUAUAAUCCCGAAGGUUAUGGCCAUGGGACAGCACCCGAACUACCUUUACAGAAUGACAACUUGCUUCGCGAUCUCCACACUCGCACCUGUCGUCUCUUUAGAUAUCAUUGAGAACUCAAUUCUUCCCAUCCUGGACAGAUUGGUCACUGACGAGAUCCCAAAUAUUCGGUUCAACGUUGCCAAGUCUUAUGCUGUGUUGAUUGACACAUUGCGACGCUUGCCAGCGGAGGGGACUUUGGCUAACGUGGAAGGAAAGACUGCAACGCCAUCGCCGCGUAGUCAGGACCUUAUUCAGCAGAGAAUUAUUCCCAGCUUGGAGAAGCUUCAAGGGGACGACGAUGUGGAUGUCAGGUACUUCGCAACAACUGCUGCGGGCGGUAAUGACGAGGUCAUGCAGACUUCACCGUAG